AUGUCCCCAACCAGAAGCGCAGGGGCAAACAUGCAUAUUGCCGCGAUCCCUACGUCCCCAAUCAGACAGUCGUCCUACCGUUCAGGUAUCGUCAACAACCUUGUUCCGGCUGUCGUCCCACUCAUUAUGACUGGCGAUCAGUCUCCUAGUAAGUCUGCGCCAUCGCCUGGCACUUCUCCGGCUGCGUCUGCCAUUCGAGACACAAAAAUUGUGAAGAAGAAGAGAGCAGAGUUACCUCAACACAAUUUGCCUCAUCCCGUCCCGAAGUUUGGCGAUUGGCUCAACUCCCGGACCAUGAUAAACAACUACAUUAUCUUAGAACCUCUGGGUGCGGGAGGGUACGCCGAAGUGAAGCUCUGCAAGGAAAAAGAAUCCGGUAAGUUAUUCGCCAUGAAAUUUAUCAGUCGCGACGUCAUGAAGAAAGAUAAACUGGGCAAGCAGAGCAAACUGGACGACAUCAAGCGCGAGAUUGCCAUCAUGAAGAAGCUCAACCAUCCGAACGUGUUGCGUCUAUACGAAGUCAUGGACGACCCCAAGAUGAACAAACUUUUCCUUGUUCUCGAGUACAUGAAGCACGGCGACAUGCUCUCGUUCCAGAAGAAGAAAAACCCACUGGGGACGCUGGAAAACUUGCGAGAUCGAGACCUUCACAGUGUUUUCUUACAGGUCAUUUUGGGCCUAGCCUAUCUGCACGAACAAAAAAUUGUACACGGAGAUAUCAAACCUCAGAAUCUUCUGGUUGGCGACAAAGAUGUCGUGAAAAUCGCAGACUUCGGCAUCUCCCAGUCGCUCUACGGUAGCAAACAGAAGAUCGCAGAUGUAGCGGGUACACCCGCCUUUAUGUCGCCCGAGAUGUGCUCGGGUGAGGAGUAUUCAGGCCAACUCGCUGACGUUUGGGCUCUUGGAGCGACAAUCUUCAUGCUUAAGUUCGGGAACCCCCCGUUCUUGGCUAAAAGUGCCAUGCAAAUGUUCGAGAAGAUCCAGAAUGAUCCCUUAGUGUUCCCAGCUGCAAUCGACCCAUCUCUAUCUCAUUUACUCAACGGGAUGCUCACGAAAUCCCCACAGAAGCGUCUGACGCUUCUAGAUGUCAUGGUUCACCCCUGGGUUACCAAGAAUGAAAAGCACAAACUGACUCUGCCGUCGCGUCCGAUCACAGUGUCAAAAGACGAGAUCGAGCAUGCGGUCGGUGCGAAUCACAUCGCGAUCGCGGUGAACGUCCGCAAGCAGAUGCGUAAGCGUCUCAAACGUGCUCGAGAGUCUCUGGAAGCGAAGAAAAACACGACAACAGACUCGAAUAUCGUGUUCGCACAGUCGCCAAAGUCGAUUGAUUUCAAGAAAUUCGCCAAAACGAGCAAAAUCUUUGCAGACGAUGCGCCAUCGGGCGCGCGUAGAGUUCUCUCGAGUGAAGAGAUCGAUUACCGUUCGCAACUUUUUUCUCGAAAGAAAGCAAGCAACAAGAACACGCUGGAAGCUCUCCCGCCCAGUGGAGAGCACACGGUGACUCACCCCAUGAACGAUAGUCUUGACGACGAAGACGUGUUUUCGGAUGACGACGACGAGCUGGCAGUGUCCCAGUCGCCACAACUACUCGAUGAAUUACUACUCACCACGCUCUCCAUGCCGCCUUUAGCAAAUACCACGAAUCAGCAUCGAAGCAGAUGCAAUACUACCAGUAAGGAACUGUCGAGUGGAUCUCCGUGUAUCGUCAAUCGAACAUCGUACUUGAGCACGGAUAAAAGUGCAAUUGAAGGCCACGACGCCCUUUGUUUCGACGGACAGAGUCCCACUCUGGCUGUUCGUUAUGGCGUGUCAUCGUUACAAGGCCGACGUAGCACUCAAGAAGACCGAUGGGUGGUUUUGUCUUGCCUCGCGACAACUCUAGGCAACGCCGUGUGGGCAGAUACCGCGUUCAUUGGAAUCUACGAUGGCCACGGAGGGGAAGAGUGCGCGAAUAUUUUGCAUGACCAGCUCCACACUUGGAUAUUCAAGUCACCGGACGCUGCACUUACAGAAAAAUCCUUGCAGGAUUGCUUUGAAUCGCUCGAUGCAUCCGUGUGUGAUUAUUUAUUGCACAAGGACGAUCUUAGUGGUUCUACAGCCACUGGACUUGUACUUCGACCUGGGACGAAUGGGAAGAUUGUAUUAACCAUCGCACACGUGGGAGAUUGCCGUCUUGUAUUAAGCAAACGCGACGGUACUACGGUUGAGCUUACACAAGACCACCGUCUUACACUGGAAGUCGAACGUGAACGUGUAAUUCAACGAGGUGGACGUGUGGUAAAUAACCGAGUUAACGGUGUUAUGGCGAUUACACGGGCUUUUGGAGAUCUCGAGUUCAAAGGGAUGCUGAACCAGCAUCCAGCGAACGCUGGGGGGUCGUCCGGAUUCGGUCGGGCUUUCCGUGAUACAUGUAACGAGAAGGUACCAGCGUUACUCACGGCGAGUCCUGAUGUGCAUGAACUGCAGCUUAACCCGAGAGACGACGCAUUCUUGUUAUUGGCUUGCGAUGGGCUCUGGGAUGUUUUGACGAGCGAAGAAGCUACGGCGAUUUUUAGAGAACGUGUGGAGCUGCAUGGAGAUCUCCAGCUAGCAGCCCAUGAACUGGCGCAAGAGGGAAUUCGACGAUACUCUAACGACAACAUAACCGUUAUUGCAGUUUUACUAGAGCCACCAACAUCGUAA